AUGGCUAUGAGAAGCUGUGUGGAGUUUGAGCUAGAGUGGCUACGCCUUUUGAAGGAUAUCCACCGAAAACCGGUUCUCCCAAUGGGUCAACUUCCCCCCAUGACAUACGACAGUGAAGAUGAGGUCCUCAAGUCACGCGCCCCCUGCAACUUCCUCUUCUUCGGGCUCGGCCAUGACUCGCUCAUGCAGCUUCAGAGACCCUCAGACCACUUCAACUCACUUCAACCAUAUUCUAGCAUAAGCUUUCCUUGUAGAACCUUGGACCGUGACAUGAUCAUGAUCGAAGUGCUGUGUGGAUACUUCGCGGAGGCGCCAGGUCAGAUAAGCGCGAUACUCUCGACGGCUGUCAUGGCGAGGAAUAGGAAGGGAUCCUGUGCGACUCAAGUUUUCCUGCACGAUGUUGAUCGGAAGGUGGAGAAGACGUACGUGGAGUUUCGAGUUUCUGUGCAUGAAGAACCUAGUUAAAGGUGUUGGGAGGCUUGAAGACGACUUUCACAUGAACAAAUACUGAAACGCUGCGUUUAAUAGGUGGGCAAUUUUGGAAUGAUUUUUGCUUAAAUGGUCACGUGAGUUGCACAUGACUAACUUUCCGUUCAAACAGACGAGUGAGUGGACGGAAGGUAAAUUUUGCCACACGUUGGCAAGUUCGGGAGGGUCAUCUAACAAUUUUAAUACAUUAGGGGGUUUAUUGCCAGACCAUGGAUAAAAUA